AUUUUUUUUUACUUGUUUAGAGCUCAGGCUAAUCAAUUUGGCAGAUGCUUCAAAAAAUAGCGCAAAUGCAGCUUGUUAGUAAGCAUAGGAUUCAUUCUCCUGUCUAGAAGAACUAAACUUCCAACAUAAUUACAACAUGAAGGAGAUAUGGCGUGGUCAAUAUCCAGGGGCCUAUUUUCCCAAACUAAAAGAUUUUAAACUCCUCAAAUGCUCAGCUCUUCUUCGGUCUUCUAAUUUCUUCUUCCAGACACUACCCAGUCUUGAGAAGCUGAAUGUGAGUGAAGCUUCCUUUCAUGAAAUAUUCCAAUGUGUAAGACUUCGUAGUGAGGGAAGAACUACAGAUGCGCCCCCUCGGUUAAGAGAAUUAAAAUUAUCGAAACUUAAUGGGUUAAUGCAUCUUUGGAAGGAAGAAUCUGACCUCAAAUUGAUUUUCUACAACUUGAGAAGUCUAGAGGUGCUUGAGUGUAUCAAAUUGGUGAAUUUAGUGCCAUCAGUUGUAUCUUUUGUGAACCUGCAGACUCUAGAAAUAUCAAAAUGUCAUGGACUUGAAAAUUUAGUGAGUUACUCAACUGCCAAAAGCUUGGAACAGCUGGAAAGAAUGAGCAUAACUGAUUGUGACUUGGUGGAAGAAAUUGUCAAAUGCUUGGAAGAUAAUGUGAAGGAUGGCAUUGUCUUUAGCCAACUCAAGUCUUUGCAACUUCGCGGUCUUCCCAAGCUUUCAAGCUUUUGCACAAGGAGGUGUGACUUUGAGUUCCCAUCUUUGAAAGAAGCGAUUGUGAUAGGAUGUCCACAGAUGAAAUAUUUUUCCAUGGGAAAGACAAUAACAAAAGAAUUACGAAAUGUUCAAUGGAGUGCUGAUAAAAGAAAACAAAAUGUUCAAUGGACAGAUGAUGAAGAGAAAAGACACUGGGCAGGCGAUCUUGACAGCACAAUACAGGACUUAUUCACUCAAAAGAAAACAUUUUUAAAUAAGUUUGUUGUUGGGAUCGUAUGGGAUAGUUUAGAGUGAAAGGUAAAGAAUUGCAUAGGUCUACUUUCUUCCUUUUGGAUGGUUAAGAGGCUAGCCAUUCUCUCUUGUUUGAACUUUCUCAAAGGCAAGGAAUAGGAGCACUUUCAGUAAGGGGAUUAGAAGAAGAGCUUACAAGGUCAGUUGAUGGCGGCUUCACUUUCACUUAGUUUCUAAAUCUAAUGUACAUUAAAAGAACCAAGGGUUG